UGUCGCAAAAUGUGAAACGGGGAGUGACAGUGCUUGCACGUUCGAUUCUUUAUUGAAAGCGACUACACUUUGUAUCAGCGAAUGGAAAAUGUUCCAGUAAUACUGGCUGACGAGAAAUUGAAUUGCUUGCAGUCUAGGGUAGAGAAUUCAGGUUGAUGCCAUGUUUUCAAGAAAAUGAAGUGGGUGUUCUUCAUAGCAGCUUUUGCUUGUCUGGAGUGGGCGGCCGCGGAAAAGAUACAAAAGCGUGAAUUAAAAAUUGACAGACGAAGCCCCUGGGAAUAUGCUUUGCUUAAAUAUCUUCUGGGAGACCCCAGGGGAAACCCAAACACAGCAAAAGCUUUGAAAGGGGAAAAGAGAACUACAAAAUUGCACAAAUUGUGCUCCGGAAAAAUUCAACUUCGAGAUGAAUGGAUCAAGGAUAAGUCAGUUUACGAUAAAAUUAUUUGCGGCAUGUUCACAAGACAAGACGAGUACAAGAAGCACGAGGAGCAUGUGGCGAGGAUAUUAAUGGGAAAAACUAAUGGAAAGACUUUGGACGAACAAAAAGAUGAAUUAAUAAGAGCUGUCAAUCAGAUGGUAAAUGCAGCUGGCCCCAUUCCUAUUAUUAAGAUAAACGGGAAAUGAAUGGGAAAGAGAAUCGAUGAAAUCAGUUUAGGAAGUUAACAAUUUCCUGUCGUGCAGGCAAUGUUGAGAACAAACGAUCCACUAAAGGGUUUUAUAAAGCCCAUAAUUCUCCUGGAUAAAGAUCUUGCAUAUAAUUGGGUUCACUCGAAAACCGAGUGUGUCCAAAUAAUUUCUCUAGCUGCAAGAUACAAGUUAUGGAUGUUUUUUAAAUAGCCCUCUUAUGGUAUGUGGAUUGGUGGGGGACUUUUAAUUUCUAAUAAACGAAACGGUACCAUUAGAACCCGAAGGCAAACUUUUGUUUUGUUUUUCUCUCCAUACAUGUUUUGACAAAAUUUGCCCUUCAGACAGUCAGUGCCGGUUAUCCAAAUAGAUGUCC